CUUACUUACUGCUCUAAAAAUAACAAGGACCAGAGGUCCACCUAAAAAGGCCCCGUGGCCACCCAAACCUUACAAAAAAAAAAAAGACAUACAGGCUGCGCACUAUUUAAAAGAAGACCCGCCGAAAAUGACGGCGUCACUAGCUAGCAUAGAGGACAUUAAGAAAGCGCUACUGCGCGCAAAGAAGGAACUAGUUGAUCCAUCCUUUCGUAAGCCGCUCGACAUUAGAUUGCGAGCGGACUUUAUAAAAGCCAUAAGAACGCAAAAGCAAAAUCCAGAAAAAUGGACACUCAAAGUGCGCCAGGGAAUCGAAACCCUGAAGCGCAUCAAAAGCGAGACGCAACAAGAAAAUCUACGGCGCAUCCAACAGGAAAGUCCGCCUCA